AUGGUGCAAGCAGCUUCCUAUAAGAAAGCGACUUGCAAACACGAAGCCACUGAAAACGAAGAUUCGCAGAACUCCAUCGACAAUGAAACUAAGUAUUUAUUAAAGAUUAUCAAGGAACUUGAGGACAAGAACCCCUUACUUGUAAACAUAAACACUACGGCUAAGCAACGUGAAGCCAGCAGUGCCAGCAGUGAGGCGACGGUCGUGACCUCUAGGCAAACUGUCAGUAAUACAGAAAUCCGGUCUGAAGUCUGCAACGAUGAAGUGGCGACUGCUCCGGAACUAGAAGACAUCGCUAGUGAACAACAAAAAGAAGAAUUCGAAGGUCGUUUCGAGUUCCAAAGAAAACAAACGCAAAAGAAACCAGACAUUUUUUGUGUCUCAGAGCAUUGGCUGCAGCGAAAUGAUAUAAACUCUGUAGUUUUAGACAAUUAUCUGCCCAUCAGCCAUUCAUCACGAACAGAAUUCCGUGGCGGAGGCACAGCAAUUUUUGUAAACUCAGACCUUACCGUUGAAAGCUUAAGGGCUAACACUGAGUGUAUUGAAAAAGACUGUGAGUAUUGCAUUUCACAAUUUACAUUAAAUAAUAAACAUUAUAUUGUGAUUUGUAUAUAUAGGUCACCUACAGGGAAUUUAGAUUUAUUUCUAUCUACGCUCGAUGAAGUUUUAAAUUAUGUGUAUGCCCCAAAUAAAUAUCUGCUGGUUAAUGUAGAUUUCUUAGUUCAUUAUGAUGGAGUUUUUUCUGUGACACAGCUUAUGGCCAGUUAUGGACUAGUGUCCCACGUGAAAGGCAUAACGAGGAUAGGUCCCACUCAGGGCACUCAGCUUGAUAAUAUGUUUAGCAAUAUACCUGAUACAGAAUGUAGCAUUAUAAAAAUAAAUAUAUCAGACCAUUAUGGUCAGAGCCUUAAUUUUACAUUAAAUAGCAAGGCUCCUAACAUCAAUUAUGCAAGGAAACGUUUUUUCGCGGCUUCCAACAUCCAGCGCUUCAAAGAUCUGCUGAGCUCCGAGACCUGGAAUGAUGUGAGCUUUGCUUAUAAGUAA